CUACACACGGUAUAACUUGUACAUUUGAAAUCAUUUAAGAAAACCUGUKAUUUUUUCUUCACCRUGGAACAUUUUAAGCCCGUGGGAUCCCCUGGAAGUUAUAGGUAUUAUUAUGUCUAAGYGAAAAAAAGCAACAUAUAUAGUUUUUUGUUUUUUGUUUGCACUACUGUCUGUAAGUACAAACGGUAAUAACAAGUUGGUUUUAGUACGUAAUCACAUGCAAACUAAGUAUACAAUAUUGCGGAAGAAUCACUUCAGACGAGUCUUGCAGCUCUACGAGGUAGAAGUCUACCAUGGCCGUAAAUCCAUUUCGUCAGCUUCUUAAUCACAUCAGCCAUGAACUAACUCGACAAAAUCUACGCAGUUUGCUGCAUAUAUGUGCACCUUACGUCCCUGAAAAUCGACGAGAAGACAUUCAUUGUGGUCUGGACUUGUUUGAAUGUCUGAUCCACUGGAAUAUCAUCGGCGAAGACUUGGAMAAGAUGCAUAAUCUCCUGGAAUUCAUGCGAGAAAUGCGACCAAAAAGAAAAGAUAUAAUCAGAYCGGUCAAGCAAUACAUACGUGAACACCACCAGCCGCCAUGGGGGUUUGAAGAGAGUACUGAAACAUGUUGUUCCAGGSCUACAAAUCACGCCGUCGCAAUUUCCCAACCUUAUUACUUUGGAUCGCAACACGGAAUAAAUGACCCCAGGGGAUCCCCCAGGGGCUCAAGCACUCCACUACUUGGUUUCAGUGACGAAAAUCAAUACUCAUGGUGCUGCAUUUGUUUUGAUUGUAAAUGCAUUCCUCGUCCUGUGCCGAAUUGCUUCCUUGUCCUCGCCAUUGUUAUGUGUGUUAUCGCCAUUAUCUUUGUAACUAUCGUUUGGUUUUGUAAAAUGCCUCUUUCCUGGAACGAAGGACUUGGUGAAGCCAAAAGUCCAGGCAUAGGUGCUGGUAUUGUCUGUGUACUGGUCUUACUGUGCUGUGUGACAGGGUGCAUGUACCUCAAGAGAAAGGUUUCUCCAGCUCAAAACCCUCUACCGUCGCUCCCUCACUACUGCUCAUCCGUGGAGUUCCCAAACAAUUCGAUGACAUCAGGCUCCGCGAGGUCACUUCCUUACGUCACCACGAAUAUAAGGCACAAGAAAAGACGCCGAAGCUCGACGUCCACUGUUCCUGUGGGUUCAGUCACGACAGUUGACUCCAUCCCCAACCCCAUACCAUACAUACCCCAUUCUASAGGCAGUAUCCCCCCAACCAUUUCAAGCCAAAUGUCCUACCCCGAUGAUUGCCAUGACARCAUUUUGACAGAAGAAGAAGGUACAUCCGGGGACUAUCCGGCAUCAGGAGAAGAGAGUGAAGGUCCCCUAACCGUAGUGAUGAACUGAUGUUUUAUUCAUCACUGCUUUGAGUGUUGGAUACACUAAUUGAUGACGAAGAAACUUGACAAUCAUUGUUCGUAUUUUAUUUGUUAAACAAUGACAUUUGACAUCUUACAUUGUAAGAAUACUUGAUCAGGAAAAACUGAUACUAUCAAUCUCUAUAAAAUUUAUAAAUAUUUUUCUAACUUUUAUUUACAAUCUGUAUAAGGUUUUUCUUAUGAAAAAAUUACUUAGUAAUAUAAAUAUAAAUAUUUUUGUGACUCUGAAAUUAAGGUUUAUAGUCAAUAAUAAAUUAAUAAUAUAAAUAAUUUGUGAAUAUUAAAUAGUGUGCAUGCAUGAAUAUACUUGGUACCAAUCCUCCACCAUCUAGACAUCACAAGCACAGUCUUGUACUAGUGUCUCAUCGGGGUAGACAUUGAUUACUGGUCGACAUUUUGCAUACCCAUGAAUCAGUAUGGCUGCAUCACAGCCCAGAGAUGUGCUUUCGUUACAUUCAAUUGAAUAUCGGCCCGUCUUGGUGAGCUUAAAUGAUUUAUUCUUGUAACAYGGAUGCUUUMGUACAUCGCGGCGAAUUCGACUGUUAAUGACGUCAUCMUGUGGUGUUGUGAUGGAUCGCGUGGUCGCUUGGAAAAAGUACAUGAACAGCACUAGUGCGCAUGCCUGAAAAAAAAAACGAAACAAUUUCUGAUUAUCAUGAUAUUAGUCAAUUAAAAACAAUAUGCAUA